AUUGUGUGACUCUACACAUGUAUCCUCACAAUUAGUGGCGCCUACAAGAAUGUUAGGCUUACCUGUAGCUUUUCUUAUGUAGUUAAAUAAAACAACUCAGGGUCUCACACUCAAUCAAACUACCAUGCCCAAUUGAAUCUUCAUCUGUCGAUUUAACUAUUAUUUUGUCAGACAAAAUUUUUACCCUUACUUUGCUUGUAUAGGAGAAUGACUAUCUGAUAGUAAUUCCUUAUGCCCACAUAUUCGACCUCAUGCUGAAAGCUCUGAAGUUGCCCCCUGCAACUUACUAUCACAAGAUAUGCCCAGGCGAAAAGAAUCGUGUGACGGUUACUUUCAUUUCUUCUUUGGAAUUGCUCGAUGGUGCACUUGUUCCAAGUUCUCUGUCAGGUGCAAUCUUAGAUAGCUAUGAAGAUGCUGAAGACAGUGCUGCUAUUGAAGCUAUUAGAUUCAUGGAAAAUGCAUAUGGCAAAGAAAUGAGGGACUACCACUACACUCAUGUCAAAAAGCUUGAAAAUCAAGUGAAGCACCUGGUCAAAUGGUUGGUUGCAUCAAAUAAAACAAUCAAGAAGCUGCGCAAAACAUGCUACUACGCUGUCAGGUAUAUGAGCUCAUAUUCUGCCCAAAUAGAAAACACAACCACCGCUCGGCAUUUGAAAGGGAGGGAUAGCACCAAGGGAAUUAUGAAAACAGCGCUAGCAAGCAUUGAAGGACUGACGCAGAGGCUACGCUACAUUGCUAUGAAGUUUGAGCGCCGCCUUGAAGCAACCAGAAAUAGUUUCUGGUGAGCUUUGGUCAAUGUGUCCUGACCAGCAUGCUUCUGUAGUUACUAAAUCAGGCACCUUUUGUUUCAUAUCGA